AUGAAAUUCGAAAAUCUCGCCUUCACCCAGUCGAAGAGUGACUUUUCUCUGCGCUUCCUUAUCUCUGCUGUGCAGUUUCGGGCUGAUCCUGUUCAAGGUGUCUUCCGUGGAAAGCUCACGGAGUGCAAUCCAGACUGUGAGAAAGCAGCCGAAAACCAUGGUACUGUUCACCUGGUGCAGGGAAUGAAGAUCAAGCCCGAGCCAUCCCAAAGCAGCACAGGAACCGAACCUUCGGGUCGCCUUGCGCCUAAGCUGAUGAGCCGGAUCAGUCUCAUUAAGAAACUCGGAGCCGACACCGGCCUCCUGAAGAAGACCACAGCCAGAUACUUGGAGAAGGUAAUGCUCUAUCACAUGAAUGAGCAAGAACGCAACGACUUGACUGGUUCACCAAAGCCAAGAAUUGGCAUGGAUCCCAAGGAUGCCGAUGAACUGCCAGUCGAACUGGGAGAUAACCUGGACGACGAGCCGCGUGAUUGGUUGCGCGACGAGCACGCAGUCGCAUUCCUGGCAAGCAACCUCUCCAAGCGAUCCCCGGAAGACCAGAAGAAAUUCCACGCUCUAUUUGGCAAUAAUUACAUCAAGAGGCUCAAUUACUAUUACUACGAGAAAGGGCCGAGAUGUCUAUCCAGAUCGCCCAAGUACAUUCGUCUUAACACCUACGCCACCAAUAUCGCGUUCCGACGCCUGGUGCCACAGAUUUCCACUUAG